AAAUUACGGCCCGGGGGCCGGAUGUGGCCCAGCGGAAUGUUUUAUGCGGCCUGCUGACACCUACAGCAGACAUGCCUAUAGUCCCGCAUUAUGCGGAAACGGCCCGCAAAAUCAUCAAAAAAGCUCACAUGUUCCGCCGUUCCGCAUUCACGAUUUUUUGUUCCGCCAAGUCUGAAUUCCGACACUAAAAAAAAAUUGCCAUUUUAUCAUUAUUUAUUAAUAGUGCGAAUUGAAAAUACUGAGUGCAAAAUAAAAUAUAUAUAGGUCUGUGUUUAUUGUUUACAUUUCAUCUACUUCCGGACCCGGUGUGUCCUAAAUUUACGAAGAAAUGGUUGAAGACUAGAUCUACAUCUAGUUCUAGACAUAGAUCUCUAGAUCUACUGAUCUAGUAGUCUAGGUCUAGAUAUUAGAAUUAGAUCUAUUCUUAGAAUCUAAAUAGAAGAUGAAUACAUCCUAGAAACCUUUGCCAGAACAACUUGUGUAAAGCAACGGGCGGGGUUUGAACCCGGUACCAACGAGACAGUAGCCCAGCACUCUUACCACGUCACCAGAUAGCCAUAAAUAAAAAAGAGAGACCUGACAACCCAGCAAGUCCGACACUUCGUUUUUCAAAUUAAGGACACAGAAUAGAGCUGCAAUAUAUAUGGAUCCAUCAAUCAGCAUUUCAACAGUACCUAGUUUCAGACCUUGCAAUACAUGGAACAGAUGAUGUGCAUGUCAUUUGUUUCUAUGGCUGAUUAGGGUGUCAUGCUGCCAGCACAAUGGCCCACUGCCUUUACUUUCCCCCAAAAAUUCCAGGUAACCAUUAGAGUUGAGUGAACUCAGGUGCAUCCUUAAAUUCCUGAAAUUCAAAAUCAAUCAGAUUGGAACCUAAGAUCCCUCUGUUUAGAAGCUAAGUGCUUUGUAACUAAGUCACUUGCCCUUUUUAGCUUAAUAUGUUAUGAAAUAUAUUAAGUUUCAGUAUUUGUAAACCUGCUUUCUUUGUCUACAUCUUUACAAAGAGAUUCAAUUCAAAUAUUGCUAAGAGUUCGCCCUCCUGAUCCAAGUGAAAAAGACUUUGCACCAUGAGUUCUGGAUGUUAACACUGCAGACAAUGCCAUUAUUCUUCACACAAAGCCAGAGCCCACAAUUUUCACCUAUGACAAUGUAGCAGAUGCUGACACCACACAGUUUAAGGACCACAGCUGCUCCAAGCCCCCAGCAGUAGACUGCAUCAGUGAAGGAGAAGAGGAGGAGGAAAGCAAUUUAUCUUGAACAACUGAAAAAAGAGACAUUGACAUCCAGACAGACAUGAACACUGCAAAUGGUUUAGAUGAGAUAAGAAAAUGUGCGAUGGAUAAGCUUGAAAUCAGUCAAGAUAGGAAAAGCAUGGACCUAGUGAAGCAAGAGAAAUGUGUUCAACAGAAUAAUGACCAGCCGAAACUUGAAGAAGAACUUUUAAAAGAUAAGCUGGAUGAAUUGAUCUCUAAAGAGAAAUCACUGUCAUGACAAAGGGAUAGUAAAACGGACAUAGAGAAAAAACUAUUGGAAAGUAAGGUCCGAGAGCUUGAGGAGAAACUCCUGGUGAUAAGCCCCCGGAGGAUAUUCCAGCUACCCGUCGCCUCAGCGUGGCGCUCCGGUGGAAACAUCCAGAGGUGGAUCUCGACAGGCUAAGAACGAGUAGCGAACUAGGCCUUCUAACAGGUCUCCCUGGAAUCAUGAAUCUCAGCUGACAGCCAAAGAAGAAGAACUGCAAAGAGUGAACAUGACUCUUCAGAAAUUUGAAAAAGACAACAAAGUUUUACAAGCUAUGUUGAAGCACACAGAAGUUUGUGAGCAGAAAGCUCCUGAAGUGCCAAAUUUUCAAGUUAUUAAGAAAAUUGAAUCAGCCUAUAGCCGCAAGAUGGAAGAGUUCGAGAGGUCAAUCUUUGGCAAAGAUAAAAAAGUAGCAGAGUUAUUAUUUGAAGUAGCAAAAUUAAAAGAGGAACUUCACCUUGCCAGGGAAACACAUGCAUCUGUUUUAAAAGACAGGAAUUGCAAUAGAAUGGGUGCUGCUGAGGCGUUUCAAGAGUUUCAGAGUGCUGUGCCUAUGCAAGGAGGUGCUAUUGGUGAGCCUGGAGAGAGAAAGUCAUCUUCAGAAAAAAAUGGCUCGGUUAGAGGAAGAGCUCUAAUAAAAGAAACAAAAAUGCCAGAAAUAAAUGAACAAUCUUGGAGAAGUAAAAAAAAGUGAAUGAACUAAUAACAUCCUUUUAAAGAGUCACUGUUUUUGUAAAAGCAGUAUAAAGUUUGUUUUUUUUAUACCAAUCAAUGGUUAUAAUUCAAAUGAAAGCCACUUCAAUCUUCUUAAAAAAUCCAGUACAAGAGAUACAGUACUUGUAAGUAUGUAAUUGAUUGGUUGAAUCCUACCAGUAUUUGAAUAAACAUAUAUUUUAGUUUGAUGCCCAAGAUUGGCAUUGACUCUAGACAAAUAAUUGUGUUUAUACACAGUUUGACUGUAAAAGAAAUAUGUCGAGAUAUUUUUGUUAAGAUUUUUCUUAAGUUCAAGCUACUACACUCUUUUAGUCAAUAAGUUCUACAAUGGAAUUUAAAUAUGUAAAUUGUCUUUCAUUUCACUAGCCAUUUGUUUCUCAUAAAAAUUGUGGAAUUGAAAAUGUCUGUUACAUGUGCUUCUAUAUCUAAUAUUUAUGAAUAUAUAUAUAUAUAGAAUAUCCUCUGCUUAAAAGUAUGCUUUAUUGGAAUAUGUUUGAUGUCAAUACUUGUAAUAAAAUGAACAAGAGGUGUUUCACUCUAGUAGUUUAAAUUUUCUUAAGUUAUGAACUAGAGGCCUUAAAUAAAAUUUACUACUUUUGGAUAAAUUUGUCAUCUCUGUAACUGUAAUGUAACUAGGCCUCAAGGUUUCCUAAAUUGAGCAAAGAGAAAGAGCAUCCACAUUUAUCUUUUUUCUAGAAAGAACAAAAAUAAAGCUCAAAUAUUUCUCCUAUUUUGACACAAAUUAAGAAAAAUAAUAUGACCAUUUUUGUAGGAGCUCGCAAGGUUGAAUUUAUAGGUAGGCUAUUUAGGCAUGGUUGUAUUUUACACAGCUACAACUGUAUCAAUACAUAAAUAAGCUGUCCUAUUGUAAAUAUGUACUGUACAUAAAGAAUUAGUUAUUAGAAAUAGCUAUUUGAUCUUCAUGUAUUGUCUUGAAUCCUUUUUUUUUUUUUUGUUGGUGUUUUGAUUUUUCUGAAUAACUUAUAUGUUAAACUACCUGUAUAAUGUGUUUGUAAAUAUUCAUAUCAGAUAAUUUCUAUUGCUAUUAUGACAGUCUUAAGUUUAAGGAAGUUGGAAGUUUUUGUUUAUGUAUCAACACAGACCAUGAGCUCUAUUAUAACUGUCUGUCUGGUCUUUCAGUUUUUCUUUGGGUCAUCUUUGUUUCAUUGUGGCAGUCUGUAUUUAUAUUUAGUGUAUUCUUGCCAUUUUAUGCCCAUAAUUGAACCCAGACUCCUUUGGUUCAAUCCUUCUAGCACCCUUAAAUGCUUUGCAUGUAGCUGCCAAAUCUGAGAGCCAUAAUGAAGUGCUUCGAGGCCACUGCCUGGUAGAUAUGUAACUAUUUAUCUAUCACUAAUUGCAAAGUUUGGGCCCUCUGAGUCCACCCAACUCUAAUGGGUACCUGGCAUUAGUUGAGGAAAAGUAAAGGCGGUUGGUCAUUGUGCUGGCUACAUGAUACCCUCGUUAACUGUAGGCCACAGAAUCAGAUGACCUUUACAUCAUCUGCCCUAUAGACCACAAGGUCUGAAAGGGGAACUUUACUUACUUACUUAAUUGCAGAAGUGUUGUACAUAAAAACAUUCCGUACUCAAGUUUAACUGCCAUUAGUUAGAAUCAAUAUCUUAAAUAGAAUAAGGUGUAAUUUUUAACAUUAAGCCACAGAAAUGUGACCCUACAAUGACUAUGCUACGAGUAGUAGUUGUUAUUUAUAAUUAUAGCAAUCAAUUUUUUUGUUAAAGGCCCCUAGCACUAUUAGAUCUUCAAAUUAGCUUAGUGAUAUUGUAAUAUGUGAUUUAUAUUAGCUGAUAUUUUAUUGCUUUCAUGGAUUAACAAGAAUUGUUUCUGUUACUUUUCAUAACAUUUGUCAUUACACCACAACUGAUGCCUUGCUGAACAAAAUGUUCUAA